CCUGCCCAACCAAAUCCGCCAGCGCCGCCUCCUUUACACUCCCACCUCUGUCCCGGAGCAAAAAAAGGAGGGAGAGGCUCGCUUCUUGGAUCGCGGGGUCACGGGACGCGCGCCGCGGGCCGGUACGCUGCUGCUGGCGGACUGCUCGACCCUUGCCUACCAGCUGCUGCCUGCUGCUGCUUCCUUGGCUGGCGCCGGCGAGAGACGGAGGCGAGGCGAGGCGAGGCGACGACGAUGGACCGGGCGGCGCUCACCGUGGGCCCGGGGAUGGACAUGCCCAUAAUGCACGACGGCGACCGCUACGAGCUCGUCCGCGACAUCGGCUCCGGCAACUUCGGCGUCGCGCGCCUCAUGCGCAACCGCGCCGACGGCCAGCUCGUCGCCGUCAAGUACAUCGAGCGAGGCGAGAAGAUUGACGAGAACGUGCAGCGGGAGAUCAUCAACCACCGCUCCCUGCGCCACCCCAACAUCAUCCGCUUCAAGGAGGUCAUCCUCACCCCGACGCACCUCGCCAUCGUCAUGGAGUACGCCUCCGGCGGGGAGCUCUUCGAGCGCAUCUGCAACGCUGGCAGGUUCAGCGAGGACGAGGCGCGUUUCUUUUUCCAGCAACUCAUAUCAGGGGUCAGCUACUGCCAUUCCAUGCAAGUAUGCCAUCGCGACUUGAAGCUAGAGAACACCCUGUUGGACGGGAGCACCGCGCCUCGCCUCAAGAUAUGUGAUUUUGGCUACUCAAAGUCAUCAGUUCUACACUCGCAGCCGAAAUCUACAGUGGGAACUCCUGCAUACAUUGCUCCUGAGGUUCUUCUGAAGAAGGAAUACGAUGGAAAGGUCGCUGAUGUGUGGUCAUGUGGAGUAACGCUGUACGUGAUGCUGGUCGGUGCAUAUCCAUUUGAGGACCCAGAUGAGCCUAAGAAUUUCAGGAAGACAAUUCAGAGAAUAUUGGGUGUGCAGUACUCAAUUCCAGACUAUGUCCACAUAUCUCCAGAGUGCCAAAAUCUUGUCUCUAGGAUUUUCGUCGCCGACCCAGCCACCAGGAUCACCAUCCCUGAGAUAAGGAACCAUCCAUGGUUCUUGAAGAACCUGCCAGCUGACCUAAUGGAUGACAGCACGAUGAGCAAGCAGUACGAGGAGCCUGAGCAACCGAUGCAGAGCAUGGAUGAGAUCAUGCAGAUCCUGGCUGAGGCGACCAUUCCAGCAGCUGGUCCCCAUGGACUCAAUCAGUUCCUGAACGACGGCCUUGACCUCGACGAUGACAUGGACGACCUGGACUCAGAUACCGAUCUUGACCUGGAAAGCAGUGGGGAAAUCGUGUAUGCUAUUUGACAGCAGCGAGGCAAUGCGUAUCAUCAGUCGUGCUCAGAUCGUUUGUUGCGCCGCAGGUUACCGAGAUAAUUAGAGAGACAGGGGGGAGGUAUCUGCUGGAGAUGCUGCUCGUGUCUGAUGCCGUGAUGCCCCCCUUUUUUUCAUCCUGUUAUGUUUGGCUGUUGUUUGGUUGUGGUGCACCUCCAGUGUUUUACAACAGUUUGGCCCUUCGGAAUUGGUUGUGCUAGAACCUCGUCCAUCUGAGAAGACCCUUUGUUUUUGCAUCCCCAGCUAAGAGAGUGAAGUACUUGUAUAAUUAUACUGUUUGUGUCAUAUGUAUUUGGUGUAGGAAAAUAAAGAAACUCCAUUGCCCGUUCU